AUUGCCUCGAGCAGCCGGGGUGCGUCCCUCAAUUUUUCCCUUGAAGCGACGUUUAGUUUCCCACUCUAUGGCUUUCGGGAGCGGCCCCAUGGUUCCGGUCGGGGGCCGGAAGUGGACGGCUGGCUGCUGAGCGUUGCCGUGGAAACGCGCCGCGGUUUGCCACCCAGAACGGGGCCCGGUGCGAGCGGAGCCGAUGGAUGGAGCCGGUGGGAGACUCAAAGAUCUGUGACUCCCUGCAGCUGCUGUUGGAGAUUGUAUCAGAGUGACUGACCUAUUUAUCAGUGGGAGCUUUAGAGCUGCCAGUCCUUUGGAACUGAUGGAGCAUCUACUGCAAGGGUCCUGAAAAGCAAUGGCUGCUGCUUCACAUCUGAACAUAGCACCCCCUGAACGGCAAACCUCUUCAGACAUCCCAGAGCCUCCCCUCUGGCAAGCGUUUUCCGUCACCAUGCACGUCACACGGCCGAAAUCGGCAAAGGGGCGCACCAGGUCCAGCUUGAAUUACUCCCAUAGCUUGGAGACCUAUUCCUGUCGAGUUCCGUCAUCCCCUCAGCCCCUGAUACCCUGUGACGAACCUGGGAAUGGCCGGAGGUCGGCCUCCUCCCAGCAGCUGUGCCAACCCGUUCAGGCGUCUCCAGCCGAAAUCCCGGAUCUCCUCCAGCAGGUGCCUGCCCGGACCUCCUCUUCCUUGAAUAAGUACAGGGUGCUCCCGUCCAUCAGUAGAAAGGAUCUGAGGAGAGGCGCAGUGGAAGCGAUGUCCGAACAGGCAAGCCAACUCCGAGUGAGCAACCGACCGAAGGAAGAAGAGCAGGGAUUCAAAGCUCGCCUCCCAGAGAGGAUGCCCGUCUCUGGCAUGACGAUACACGACAGGGGUAGUGGUGAACAUAUAAAAAUGUCACCACCUCCCUUGGAAACAAAGCUGUUGGGUAAAAUGAAAGAAGGAAGUGUCUCAUGGUCAGCCCCAGCUCCAGAAGAGCCCUUUGAGAGAGAGCCCAGGUUGCUCUUGGCCGUCAGGUCUCCUUCGGGUCAAAGGUUUGAACACCACUUCCGACCCACGGACAGCCUCGAGACUGUCCUCGCAGUGGCAGAGCAAAAAACCUCCACCGUAUACAAGCGCUGUAGUAUUGAAACAGUGGAAGUACCUCGGCGGACCUUCCUGGACCUCACCAAGUCCUUGCAAGAGUGUGCGAUCCUCCACAAGUCAGUUCUGUGUAUCUUGCGGCAGGAGCCAGAGGGAGAGCUUUAAGCAGCCAGGGGCUGCUCUCUGUAUUAAAAUACAAUUGGAAGCCAUGGAUCUUCGCCUGAUGUCCACUUCUUCAGCCCCACAGGCACCUCCCUGUGGCCUCGUGGCCAUUUUCCCAGCUGUUCCCUGCAUAUUCAUGGGGGUCCGUUUCUGACGAUCCCCUUUCAAUUCCCUUUUCGUGUGUCCACCUCCCAACUGUUUCCCUCAUGCAUCCUGUGCUAGAAUCAUUAUAAGUGCCUUUAUCUCAACAGACAGCAGCACCGCCUUUCAAGGUCCACCAGUUCUACCCGUUCGUUUCAUAUUUCUGAUUUGUUUGUUGUCCAUAGGAGAAUUAAGUUUCCGCUGGCUCUAGAAGCGAAUCCCUUUCCCUACUCAAGUCUAGAUGAGUGCCUGUAGGAUGGGGAGGCGGACAUCAAGGGUCUAAUCUCAUCAGGACAAAUCCCGCUUAAGCAAAUUGUCAUCCGGUGGCAAAGGCUGUGCAGAACAUUUCAAGCAGCUGUGCCGCGUGCUGCUUUAAAAAAAUGUUAAGUCCCUCUUCAGAGAACGUUCUGGAUUUGGUUGCAAAGACCAAAAAGACUCGCACGCUUUUUUUCUCUGCUUUGAAGAGUAAGCGGCAUUUGCUUUUGCUGGUCACCUAAUCGAGUUUGUUACCGUAUUUUCCGCCAGUCAUUUCUUGCAAGGUUACAGCACAAAUUGGUCUUGGGGGAAUGGGUUAUCCAGUAUAAAUGUACAUUUCAGUGUUUGGCAGCUGGUGUAAAACUUUUUUUUUUUUGAACCAGAGUUAAUUGCAAGUGUGUUAAUUUGGUAUUCUUGUUCUCUAAAUUGAGCCGUUGCCUGUGUACAAACCGCAGCUUUCCCAGAAAGCGACUUUUUCAUUUUUAAAAUCAACCUUUGUAUUUCGCAAAAUGCCAUUUAUAUUCUUGUAAAAACCUAUAUUUGCAUGCGUGUGAGGGGAAGAAUUUAUCCAAAGGCAACUUUUAGGGCUCGGACAGUUCGUCUUAUACGGAAACUUUAUUAACCUGCUGGAUUGCUUGCCAAAUGGGCCUGCUGCCGAGUGUCUGCUUCUCAUGAACCAAUCUCAGCUUUUGCUUCAACAAAAAGGCCAAACUAACCUCUUCAGAUUAGAAAUGGCUUUCACUGCUGCUUCGGUUAAGGCUGCUGGAACAGGCAGCUUCCGUAUAAGCUGUACAGACCCGACAGCUUGACUUUCCUUCCUCCCCAUCUGGCAGAAUCGUUGGCCCUAGCCAGUUCUUAAGAAGAUUGUCGUUUCUUUGACGACAGCUGCCGAGUUCCUAGCCAAACCCCCCCUUUGCAAACUGCCUGCUGUUCUCAGCUAUGAGCGGUGACUGUGUGACCUGGGAAGCAAUGAAUUGAAAAGAGCAGGGAAUGACACGCCUCUUUCCUCUGCCUGUCAGUUCCCUGCAGAGCAGAGUUUUAGGAGCAACCAGAAAGCAAGUUUUGACUGUUCUCGGCUGAAGGAUGUGUUGAGGCUAAGGUGACAGGCAGCAAUGUCCCUUUGGGAACUGAUGCUAGCACAGUCUCGAGGCAAGGCUGAGUUCUGGCAACGGUAUGCAGAGAGUUACACACACACACACACAUAGGGAGGGCUGACCCUUUUCCAGUUCAGGUUAUGCAAGCUAGAGGAAGGGGUGGGAAGCUGCCCGUCUGUCAGUCAUUCCCUCAAAUAGGAAAGCGGCAGCGGCUCACUUGCCUUAAAAGCCAACUUGGGGCCCUUUCGCUCAAGAGAGAGCCAGUCGGACAAACUGCGCCGUGUUCCAGCUCGGGUCAGAACCGGGGCAAGAUGAAAGGCCAUUAUAGCUACAUCCGAGCAAGUCUCAGUUUUCAAAGGCUGUACCGGUUCAGGCUAUCGGGGCAGGGAGAGAGGUGUAGUGACUGCCUCUCCUACAUUAAAUGCCACACACACAGGAGAGCAUGUCAGUGUUAAAAUCAAGCUGAAUCCCUCACAUCGCUGGUUGUGUAGGUUUUCUUGUGUAGGUUUUCAAGAGGUCUCUGAGGUGGCCUAAUUGGAUUCUUGUUGAUGGGACUGUGGAGUCACAGUUCAAACUUUUCCUCACUGAAUGGGGGCAGCGGGGGAAGAUGCUUCACAAUGCGGGGCCAAGCAGUUGACUUUAAGCAUUGCCUUCUUGUUGUUUGUCACCACCCAAGGGGUUGCAAUCUCCCUCUCUGGGUAGAGAGAAGUAACCCAUUCUCAUACCACAGCAAGCAUGUUGGGAGGGAAUGCAGGCGUGACGCACUCUGUGUCCUUUACUGGAACAGUCAAGGGGGAAAGAAUCAAGCUUGAAAACAAUAAAUUAAUGUACAAAAAAGUGUUAUGAUUUUCGGCACUUAAUUAAAAAUGAAACUUGUUGUCUGUAGAGUUAGGCUCAAUAAAGAUAUUUUGGGUGUGA